AUGGCGAAGCCCAAGCAGCUCCCGGGGGGGUUUGAACUGGCCAAUGGGCGAGCUGCCGACCGGGUGUCGGAAAAGGAGGCGGAAGCCGGGAGGAGCCGCCGCCAGAGCCAGACUGCAUCCGCCGCGGCGUCUCCAUGGCACGACCCUGGCCUCCGACUUCAACGACUUCAUAAGGCGGCGUUUCUGGGCUCAGCCGUGUCGCUCCUGGUGAGAGGCCGCCGGCAGGCGGGAUCCAGCGCGCUCCGGGGCACCGCGGGCGAGACCGUCGCCUUCGUACCCCCGGCGCUGUCGGCCCCGCGGGGCCGUCGGGUCCUGCGUUCCCCGCCGCGUCGCGCUCGUCCCCCUCCUGUCAGAACCUGGGCCCCCGCCACGCCCACCGGCACGGGACCUCUCCUCCUCCCGCUAACGGGCGGCCGGCCGCCUCCUUCCUCUCCUGGCUACCGCGGGGCUCUGCCCCUCUUCUGCCGCCCGCGGGCAGGGCUUCACCUUUCUCUCUAUGGGCAGAAACCGGUAUCCUCCUGCCUGCUGGACAGUUGCUGUGCGACUUGGACAGUAGAGGAGCGCCUCCCAAGUUUUCAUCCAACUGCCAACCCCAAAGCUUCCACCCUUCUCCCCUCAGAGAGGACGUUUGAUGCCGGGCCCCUUGAGAGGCUCAUUGACAAGCCCGCCCCUCUGGGUCCCCCUGAGCAGAGCCUGCUGACCCAAUUGCCCACCUUUGCGGCUUUGAUGCCUAGCCAUGUCUGCCUCAUCCUCAGGCGGCUCCCCCAGGUUUCCAUCGUGUGGGAAGAACGGAGUAACGAGUCUCACGCAGAAAAAGGUCUUGAGAGCACCUUGUGGCGCACCCAGUGUAACUGUAACGAAAUCUCACAAGCGAGGAAUGAAAGGGGACACUGUGAAUGUGCGGCGGAGUGUCCGGGUGAAAACCAAGGUACCUUGGAUGCCCCCUGGAAAAUCAUCUGCCCGGCCCGUGGGAUGCAAGUGGGAGAAUCCACCUCAUUGCCUGGAGAUCACGCCACCAUCUUCAGAAAAGCUGGUCUCAGUGAUGCGUUAAGUGACCUUCUACAGAAGAUGAUGACUCAGGUCACUGUAAAAUGAACCGUUAUGAUAAGAAGAUUGAUAGUCUAAUGAAUGCGGUUGGUUGUCUGAAGUCUGAGGUCAAAAUGCAGAAGGGUGAGCGCCAGAUGGCCAAAAGGUUCCUGGAGGAGCGGAAGGAAGAGCUGGAGGAGGUGGCCCAUGAACUGGCCGAGACUGAACAUGAGAACACGGUGCUGAGGCACAACAUCGAGCGCAUGAAGGAGGAGAAGGACUACACCAUACUUCAGAAGAAACACCUACAACAGGAGAAGGAGUGCCUCAUGUCCAAGCUGGUGGAGGCUGAAAUGGAUGGGGCUGCAGCUGCCAAGCAGGUCAUGGCCUUGAAGGAUACCAUCGGGAAGCUGAAAACG